AUUCGUUUAGGAGAUUUUAAAGUGAUCGGAAGUUUUUUUCUUUAAAAGAUAAUAUUGUUUUGAAAAAAAUGCUUGCGAAGUUUUGUCAUCUUGCUUUUAUUGUAAGUGUAUUCUCGCAAUCCGCUCAAGAGAAGGGAAAUUUAGAUGAUUUGAUCGGUGAUGUAUUUGGAAGCAAUGAGCCCACUGACAAUAGCUUAACAGAUGUUGUUAAUGAAAAGCUUUGCAACGGUGGCUUAGGGGAAUGUGUUCCAUACUAUCUCUGCGUAAAUGGAACAAUUAAUACUGAUGGAUCAGAUCUCCUUGAUAUUCGUUUUGGAGAGGGUCAAGAAUGUGUUGAUUAUUUUGAGCAGUGUUGUUCAGUUGGACAAGUGCUACCUCAGCCACAACCACCAAAAACUCCAGUUCAAGUUCAAAGUCAGUGUGGUUUUCGAAACGCUGAAGGAGUUGGAUUUAGAAUCACAGGGAACAGCGAUGGAGAAUCUGAAUACGGUGAAUUUCCCUGGAUGGUCGCUAUUCUUAAAGAAGAAAUAGCUGCAGAACAAGUUUUAAACGUAUACCAAUGUGGAGGUUCACUCAUCCACCCGUCGGUUGUGUUAACAGCUGCUCAUUGCGUACAGGGAAAAACACCGUCAGCUUUAAAAGUUCGAGCCGGUGAAUGGGAUACACAAACAAAGAAUGAACUUUUCCCCCAUACUGAUCACGAUGUUCAAGAUUUGAUUAUUCAUCAGCAGUACUAUAAAGGAGGAUUGCAUAAUGACAUUGCGUUAUUAUUCCUGAAAAAUCCCGUUCAACUUGAACAGCAUAUAAAUACUGUUUGUUUGCCCUCACAAGACACUGUAUUUGAUGGUAGUCGAUGUUUUGCAAGUGGUUGGGGAAAAGAUGUCUUUGGAAAAGAAGGGAAAUAUCAAGUAAUUCUUAAGAAGAUCGACCUACCCAUUGUACCACAUAUUCCUUGUGAAGAGAGCUUGAGAAAAACUCGCCUAGGAAGACGUUUCAACUUACAUCACAGCUUUAUUUGUGCUGGUGGCGAGCCGGGAAAAGAUACUUGCAAUGGUGAUGGUGGGAGUCCUUUAGUUUGUCCAGUUAAUGGACAUGAUGGUCAUUAUUACCAAGCUGGUAUUGUUGCUUGGGGCAUCGGUUGUGGUGAAAAUGGAACACCUGGAGUUUAUGUGAAUGUUGCAAGGUUUAGACACUGGAUAGAUGAACAGCUCAAAGUUAGAGGGAUGGAAUCUAACACUUACAAUAUCUAACUAAUUACCUAUACGAACUUUAAAAUUUUAUUAAAUUUUCCAAUACUUUGACGAUGAAUAACAGAAGAUGUGAUUUCUUCAACAUAAAUAAUAAAAAGAAAACAAAAACAACUUAAA